CGCAGCAGCAAGAAGAGCAGCUGAAGCACUGAACGUGACCUCACCUCCCCCACACCAAACGACAUCGUAUUGCCACAGUCAUCGUUCUCUCGCACUCUCUUCGUCUCCUUCCCUCCCUUUCUCUCUCUGCAACUCUUCAAAUUUCACCAUUUUUCAGCAGCUCACAGAAACUGAAAAGAUAACAAAAAUGGAGGCUUUCUACAGGCUCGAAGCUUGUGGGAUAGUGUAGGUUUUUACUCCUGUUCGGAAAGCCUUCAGCUUCCUCCCCUUUCUCUCACUAAAGCUUUUCUCUCUCUUCACUCUAUCUCUUAUCUAUGGCUGGCCUGAGAUCGAGACUCAAUGCGUGGAACUUGGAUCCGGAGAGGAAGAGGAGCGGCGGACUGAGGACGAAGCAGGCAGGGAGAGGAUCGUGUCGUGGAAGUUAGGCUGCGCUGGGAAAUGCACGCUCUCCGGCACUGAUUUCCUUGUCAUUUAAAUCGGCUGUCAAUUUUGUCUACUCUGUUCUGUUCGAUUAGUGCUUUGAAUUUUCCGAACAUUUUUUUUCGAGCUCCGGAAAGGCAGCAGCCAUGGGGCUUUUUCUUAAAGAAGCGCUCAAGCGUCUGUGCGGCACCAAUCAGUGGGCUUAUGCUGUGUUCUGGAAGAUCGGCUGCCAAAACCCUAAACUAUUAAUUUGGGAAGAAUGUCAUUACGAACCAUCGCUAUCUUCUCUACCUAAACGCAUUGCUGGAACUGAAAGAGCUGAAUUACCAUUUGGAGAGUGGGAAGGAUGCUGGGUUUCUUCUGAAGUGUGCUCCUCUUCUAAUGGCUUUCAACAAGAGGAAAGAGUGUCCUCGCUUAUUAACACAAUGAUGAUUGAUAAACCGUUUAAUAUAGUGGGCGAAGGAAUGGUUGGACGAGCUGCAUUUACAGGGAACCAUCAAUGGAUUCUAUCAGGCAAUUACACAAAAGAUGCCCAUCCACCAGAGGUCCUGAAUGAGAUGCACCACCAAUUUUCUGCUGGCAUGCAGACAGUUGCAGUUAUUCCUGUUCUUCCUCAUGGUGUUGUUCAACUUGGUUCCUCCUCGGCUAUGAUGGAGAAUUUAGGAUUCAUCAAUGAUGUGAAGAGUCUAGUCCUGCAACUAGGACGCAUUCCUGGUGUUCUUUUAGCAGAAAACUAUGCGACAAAAGAUUUGGUUGAGAAGUCUGGGGUACCCUAUACUUCCGGAAUAGUGGCAUCAAUGCAUCCAGCGGGUAAUUAUAAAGUAACAGGAUCCACACGCACCCAUCAAAGCCACUUUACUCAGGCUUCAGGCCUUUCUAGCCAACUAUCUCACUCUCUUAAAGAUUUUCAGAAUAAUUCUCAAACCACUUCUUCAACAUUUCAAAUCCCUAAUCUUACCCAAAAUCAGCCAAAAAUUCAUGAUGAUCCUCAACAACCAAUGGUUUCUCCAUUGAUGAAGCUGAAUUUUUCUUUGGGUGGCCAACUAAAGGAUAGAGUUCGGGGAGCUGAAGUGAUCACCUCAAAUUCUGAUGUGCGGUCGAGCAAGUCAACUACCUCUUACAAGUCAGGGGUGGGACUCAAAUACCCAUCUGGUUUAGGUCAAUCAGGUGCAGAUCAGGACAGCCUAAAGUUUAUAGAACAUAUGAUCUUGUCUGGUGGUAGCAGUAGGCAUCAUCGUGAUAACAACUUUAGCGCAUCAAAUGGUAUCGUGCCUCAAUUGGGAACCAAUGGAAGUUUAAUCUUUGAUCAGAGCAAAGGUUCGAGAACAACCACAUUGCUUGGAGGAAAUCAAGUGCAUGGUGGAUCAAGUUGUCAUUCAAGGCCAAUUUCUGUUCCUUGCACUAUUUCAGACCCCAACAGGGUAGCUGACAUCAACCUCUGUGGUGGACGUCUGUCGGGAGUUGAAUUUGAAAAGGCUGAUGCAUUCCAAACAGGAGGAGUUUCUUCAUCCAGUGUAGCAGGUCCAUCGGCUUCUAAUAACAUGCCUUCCAAAGGCUCUGACCAGAGACAGUUUUCCACCGAUGUGAAGCUUACACAGAAUGAAUUGGCCCCACAAAGGAUAGAUGAUGAACUGUUUCAAGCCCUUAAUAUUCCGUUGACUCAUCAAGAUGAGCGUAUCCCUGUGAAUGCACACAUCCCUGAUGUUGUUCUUGAUGAUUUUGAUUAUAAAAUCUGUAGUCCAAGAUCUGCAAAUGCUACAAAUGAUGUGUGUACUCAGAUUUCAUCAGGGGAUGAUUUGUUUGAUGUUUUGGGUAUGGAUUUUAAAAAUAAGCUGUUUAACGGCAACUGGAGUAAUUUGCUUGCUGAUGAGACACACUCAAACUCAAAAGACUUGGGUGAGAAUACUAUGAAGUUUACAAAUGUGCAGGAGUUGGGUUCUGAUUAUUAUUCAGCAGGUCAAGAAAUCUCAAUUGGUAGCAUUUUCUCUGGGGCAGGUACUGACCAUCUUUUAGAUGCUGUGGUCUCCCAGGCUCAGCCUGCUGUCAAGCAGAACUCUGAUGAUAAUGUGUCUUGUAGAACAACAUUGACAAAAAUCAGUAGUUCUACCGUCCCCAGUAGCUCUCCCACUUACGGACGGAUUAGUAGGUCUAAUCAUGUGCAUGGCGAGAAAUAUGGCCUUCGUAAAUCUCUUGUAAAAGCAGGCCCAGAAGAAACUAGUUCUUUCCAAUCUGGCUGUAGCAGGGAGGAUAUGCUAAACUGUUCCCAGACUAACUCCAUAUAUGGAUCUCAAAUUAGUUCUUGGGUUGAACAGGGUAAUAGCACCAAUCACGAGAGCAGUGUUUCAACAGCAUAUUCUAAGAGGCCUGAUAUAGUAGGAAAAUCAAAUCGCAAAAGGCUUAAACCUGGAGAGAACCCUAGACCAAGGCCAAAAGAUCGUCAGAUGAUCCAAGAUCGUGUGAAAGAGUUGCGUGAUAUUGUGCCAAAUGGUGCAAAAUGUAGCAUAGAUGCACUGUUUGAACGGACCAUCAAGCAUAUGCUUUUCUUGCAAAGUGUCACAAAGCAUGCUGACAAGCUAAAACAAACGGGAGAGUCUAAGAUUAUUGGCACAGAUGAUGGACUAGUUCUAAAAGACAACUUUGAUGGAGGGGCGACAUGGGCUUUUAAGGUUGGGACGCAAUCAACUGUUUGUCCUAUCAUCGUUGAGGAUCUCGAUCCACCUCGUCAGAUGCUUGUGGAGAUGCUUUGUGAAGAACAGGGUUUCUUUUUAGAAAUUGCUGAUUUAAUAAGAGGUUUGGGCUUGACCAUCUUGAAGGGGGUAAUGGAAGCUCGGAAUGAUAAGAUAUGGGCGCGCUUUGCAGUAGAGGCAAAUAGGGACGUAACGAGGGUGGAAAUAUUUAUGUCACUUGUUCACCUUUUGGAGCAAACUGUGAAAGGCACUGCCUCAUCAGCCAAUGCCAUGACGAACAAUAUGAUGGUCCACCACUCUUUUGCUCAAGCAGCCCCAAUACGUGCAACUGGCAGGGCUAGUAAUUUGCAGUGAGCCACUAGAUACACAGUUCCAAGUUCGU